AUGUUCCCCUUCCCUGCUAUUCGCUUCGACCCUCGCAUCAUCAGCUGUCUAUACCAAGGCGGCCUACCUAAGUUCGAGGACGUAUGCAUGAAAUCGAGGCGGUGCCAUAUAUGCUCGACUAUUAACCACGUCACUGUGGUCUGUUUGGAGAGAAAAACGUUUGGGUACCUGUUCGAUUAUUGUUUGAUGUACGCACACUGUCCCAUGAAGCUGAGUCGUGUGCAACCCGACAUCUACGCGAGGUACGCUAUGGCCAAGCUUGCCCGGGAGAAGAAGGUGGAAUACGGCGGGUGGGUCUUUAUGGGAUCUGAGCCGGCUCUGUAUUCGAGCAUGGCACGGCCCAUUCACUUGACCCAUCUGGGGCCGCCGGAAAUUGCGCUACACUGGCAGGGGCGAAAGGUACUGGUUGAAGUGUGGGUUUACGUUUCCGUGGCAUACCAACCCGUUUCCGUCCCUCUGAUAGGGGAGCUUGACGAGGACGGGAAAAACGUCGUUAUCCCUGGAGUAUCCGAGCAGCCACUCCUCCGCCAACUCCUGCCGCUGUUGAACUGGGAGUUCACUGGCGAAAUCGAAGGCCACGACAUGGGCUUUGAUAAGUACGACCCGUCCCUCGAAACGUUCGUUCCAUCUUGGAUGGAGCCUACAUUCCCCAUCCGCCUCUCCCUUCCCCUCACCAACGUACCCGUGCUCAAAGCGUCAUACGUCAAGAUGACGACAUUUGUGUGCAACUACGCGGAGGGAAGUCAGCCGAUACUCCCUAUGUGCUCCAUGAGGCACAAAUUCAUCAACCUCAAGUGGAUCUGGCCAGUAGGCCUUCCACGUCGUCGCGAAUACGUGCAGGCGAGGUGGCACACGGUGAGGGAGCCCGUUCGAGGUUUGAUUGCAGUGCGGCCAGACAUCGGGGAAGCAGGAUGUCGAGUUACGGUAGCACCAGAAGGUUUUGACAACACAGGCCCUGGAGCCUACUGGGGUGAAGAUGUAGGCGCGGCGACAGUGUCAUCAGAUGAAGGUGCAUCGGAUGACGGCGACGAGGACGGAGAGCUGUGGAACUGA